GAGCUGCAGUUGGUGUUGUCCUGUGUCUAGACCAAUGGAGAGUUUCGAUUCCAUCCUCAAUUUCAAGCCUAAGUCUGCGUUAAAGGAAGAUGUAGAUUUUACACUACAGAAAGAACGUAUCAAGGAAGCUUUUGAGGAACUUUCGACUGAUUUGGGAGUUUUGGUAAGAGUAGAAGCUUAUCUGCGGAAGCAAGCUAAGGAUGGAGAAGAAGCUUGGAAGCAAUUAGUUGACACUGCGAUGAAACGAAAUGGGUAUUCAUAUUUUCAAAAUUUGCUGAAAGAUCUGGACAAAAAGGCAAACCCAAACCAAUCGGCUGGAAGUUCGGCAAACGAUCCAACGACUCUGCUUUUGCGAGAUACAAAAAAACAUGUCCAAGCCAUCAGCGAAAAGUCACUACUACGUCCUCCAAGUCCACCGAUUAUGAUCAAGAACCGUGCCGAGCAUGAAACUUUCCGCUGGAAACGCGUAAUAGCUCUGCAGGAAAGUAGGAUAGAGUCACUGAACCGCAAGAUCGAAGAAUUCGAACGUAAAAUUAACGACCGAACGCUUCAGCGUCGGAGACUUCAGCAACGGAGCGAAUCGGAAAAGCAAGAUCAGUUGAACGCCUCGCAACACAUUCUGGUGGAGAUGAAACUGGAAGGUGAUGGGGUUGUCCAGCGACUACAGGACCAACUUGCCAGCCAACCAGAUGUAGAAAUCACACCGGAAUAUCUGUCCCAGCUCGACAAGCACGAGCUUAAAAGGAAGCGAAUUGCCAAGAUGGAAGUGCAGCUGCAGUUGUGGAUUAAAAAGUACGACAAAUUUAUUGGUGAACCUAUGCCUACUUUGCUAGCUCUUGAAGAACGGAUGGCAGGGCUCGAAGAGUGGCGGGAGACCGUACUUCGACCACAGGAAGACCAAUUGCUUCAAUUGCGCGAACAGAUUGGUGCAUUUGAGGCGGUUGCUUUGGAAGAAAAAAUUGAGGAAAUGCGUAAGCUGCAUGCGGUACGCGUUCUUCAGCGUGCUUUGAAGCGCACACUUGAAAUAAAACAUGCAAAGAAAAAGGGUAAAAAAUCAAAAAAAGGGAAAGGAAAAAAGUGAAUCUAGGAUCGGGGAAUAGAUUGCUUGUGUUCUGGUCAAAUUCUAGCCAAAUUCAAAGUAUUGAUGUGCGCCGUUUCAACACGCAUGAACCGUUGCUAUGACGCCUGUCCAGUUGCUAUGACGGCUGCUAUGGAAUUUAUUUUUUCCAACUAUUGAUAAACUCGCCCUCGCUCACUAGAGGAUCUUCAUUCUUGUCCGUUGGGAGCAGAGGAAACAUCUUAAAAAUAUGGGAGAUAGUUUUGAGGCGGUCUGUGCCGGUGAUUCUGAAGAAGAUGUGGCGGCAGUGAAGGCUAUGGUGGAGAAGAUAACGUCCGAAAUAAUGGCCCACGGCGAAGAGGAGUACGAUUCGUACGAUCCGGAAAGCUUGCAGAAGGUGGAGUUCAACAUUCAAAUCAAUCGUGUAGGAAUGAUCCUGGGGGAAAUGACCCAAACGCUUGAGGUGCUGUUCUGCUUACCGGUAAUCUGCCAAAACGAAGCAUUGCUGGACGCCUGUUUCGAUGAGGACGAUAAGAACGUUAUAAAGUUCCUCAGCCAGUACAUCUCUUCGAACACCUCGUCCUCGAUGACUAAGGACGAAAUUGAUGUGGAGCAGUUAAAAGUUCCCUCAGGACAACUGAUUGAGUUGGCGUCCCUUCUCGCGAAAAAGGAACUUCACGCCGCAACGAUUGGACACGUAAAGCAGCUUCCAGGCGUUUAUCGGCGCUUUCUUUCCAACAUUCGAGAGUUUCGCAAGUUUACGAUCAACAAGAUGAAACUGACGGCCCAGAAGGAUCUAGCCAAGGAGAAGAUUCUGCACCGUUUGUGGACGCGCAACGAACGCAAUAAGAAAGAGAUCCGAAAAAUCGAGGACAUCCUCGUAAUGAAGAAGGAAAAGUUGGAAGAAUCCGUGCAGGAAAAGUACGCCGUGAUUGAGCGGUACCGCAAGGAGUUGGAUGAACUGGGCGAGAAAAGUCGAGAUAAUAUUAUAAAGUUCAUGGAUGAUUCCGAUCGCCAAAUGUUCCAUUACUUCGAGAGAAGUGAUCAGCGGUACGAGAACUUGCUCGAGGAAGCGGCUGGUACGUUGAAGAGCUACCAGCAGCAACUGCAGGAAGAUUUGACGGUAGAGAAAACGAAUCGUUUGAAGAAGCUGAAGCUUACCAACCAGCUUCAAUCAUGGCUGCACAAGUACGAUAAGGAUGCUGGCGAGAGGACACACGAGCUGAAGGAGUUGGUGGCUAAGCUAAACACUCGCCAGCAGGAGUACAACCGUUGGAAGCACAACAUUUUUGAUCCCCAGGAGAAGAAAUACUUCGAUGCGAUGGAAGAAAAACGGCAGAUCGAGAUCCGUGAGCAAGAGGAACGAAUUGAAGCAUUCAUGAUGAACCGGGCAGCCAAGGUACUGCAACGUAUGUGGCGUUCGGUAGCCGAGCGGAAACGCAAGAUGCGUGGUAAAGGGCGCGGCCGCAAGGGAAAAGGAAAGCGAAAGUAAAGUUUCACCAAGCUUGGAUGUGUGCACUUUUCGUCAGGUAAA